AUGGCGAUUCAGAUGACAUACAAAUUCUCGGAAUACAUGAAUCAGCUACUCUCUGAUAUCCUCAAAAGAAACUGGUCGGAUAUCAGUAAUGUUGAUGAUGGAAUAAAGAAAAUAAAAGAAAGGUUGUGUGGCAAAAAGGUUCUGGUUCUACCUGAUGAUUUUGAUGAAAGAAUUCAUUUGAAUGCACUCAUGGGAAGGCCAGUGUGGUUUGGAAAAGGAAGUAGGAUGAUUAUCACCAGUAGAAACAUGGGUGUCUUCAAUGUGCCUGAGGUGUGUUGCAUUUAUGAGCUUACUGGAAUGGGCUUCAAACAUUCUCUUCAACUUUUUUGCAGACAUGAUUUUAGAGGAGAUCAUCCAUCGGAUGAGUAUGCUGCUCUCCCCAAUGAAGCAGUAAAAAUUACAGGAGGUCUUCCUCUUGCUCUUGAGGUUAUAGGUUCACUACUAUGGGGUAAAAGCAAAGAUGUUUGGGGUGUUACAUUGGAGAAGCUGGAAACGGUUCCUCAUGAGGAAGCUCAGAGAAAGUUAAAAAUAUGUCAUGACGCUUUGCAUUAUCGGCAAAAGCAGAUCUUUCUUAAUUGGCCUGUUUUAACGUUGGAUUUGAUAAAACGAAUGUGCUUCACAUGUGGACUUCCGAUCUCUUCCCAGGUGAAGGUCUUCAAGCCCUCCCGCAGAGGUCUUUGA